UCCCCCACUCCAACCCGGCUCCCUGGAACCCGAAGCAAACCCCCGCACCGCACCCAUCCAUUCCCCGGUUCCGUUCCGACCCCCUCGGCUGGAAGGCGCGAGAGCUUCCGGAAGCAUCCACCGAAUCGGCGGCGGGCGAUCGGGGAGUGUCGCCGCUGCUGGGGUCGCGCUCGCCGGCGCCGGAGAUGGAGAUGGACGCGGCGGAGAGGCUGCGGUGGCGCUUCUCGGACGGCGGCCUCACCGAUCUGCUCGACGCCCGCAGCCUCCACGGCUCCCCUGACAUUGGAAAGAGAAUGCAGUUCCAUUCUUCUCUAGUACAAAGGCUUGCUUUAGAAAAGGAGAUUGAGGGCCACGUAGGUUGCGUGAAUGCUAUUGCAUGGAACUCAAGUGGCUCACUUCUGAUAUCAGGAUCAGAUGACACUAGAGUCAACAUCUGGAAUUAUGCUAAUCAAGAGCUGUUGCAUGAAAUUGAUACUGGACAUUCAGCAAAUGUAUUUUGCACAAAAUUUGUACCGGAAACAUGUGAUGAAGUAGUAGUUUCAGGAGCAGGAGAUGCCGAGGUUCGUGUUUUCAAUUUGUCUCGUUUAAGUGGCAUAAGGCCUAGGGAGAUUGCCAUGGAGCCAGCUGCAGUUUACCAAUGUCACUCAAGGAGGGUCAAGAAACUAGCUGUCGAAGGUGGUAACCCUAAUGUAGUGUGGAGUGCAAGUGAGGAUGGUACUAUAAGACAGCAUGAUUUUAGGGAAUGCAGUUCCUGUCCUCGUGCAGGAUUGGUUAAUCAGGAAUGCCGUAACGUGCUUCUAGAUCUACGAUCUGGAGGAAAGAAGUCUUUAGCUGAUCCUCCCAGACAACCGAUGUCGUUUAAGUCUUGUGAUAUUAGCUCAGUUCGUCCCCAUCAGCUCCUUGUUGGUGGGAGUGAUGCGUUUGCCCGGCUGUACGAUAGGAGAAUGCUUCCACCAUUGAGCUCAUGUCAAACAAGAAGGAAGCCACCGCCUUGUAUAAAAAUGUUCUGUCCAUUGCACCUUGCUGAGAAUAGGAAGUCAAGUUUGCACCUUACCCAUGUUGCGUUCAGCCCGAAUGGGAAUGAGGUUCUUUUGAGUUACAGUGGUGAACAUGUAUAUCUAUUUGAUGUCGACCCAGACAAUACGAGUCCAGUGAGAUACACAGCAGAUGAUGUACGCGAUCAGUUAUGUUUACUGCCUUUUCACAAGGAACCAAGAAAACAAAAGUCAAAACGAGAUAAGUUUCCAGCUAAGAGAAAUUUGUGUAGGGUAGAUAUGUUGAAGAAACUUACGCAAGUGGUGAUAAAAUCUCUGGAGACUGGCACAAACCUAAUGCAUGGCAUUGAAGCAUGCUGUGAAAUACUUGAGGCCAUGGAAUCUGAUAUUGAUGAUAGCACGAGGCAUGAUUGUUUGUGUACCCGUGCAGGAUUGUACCUAAAGCGGAGGUGGAAAAAUGAUGUUUACAUGGCUAUUCGGGAUUGCAACGAAGCAAGGAGUAUUGACUUUGCAUCAUUCCAGGCACACUUGUUCAUGGCUGAUGCACUGUUACAGAUAGGAAGACUGAAGGAGGCACGUGAAUAUGCAGAAGCUGCACAUAGUCUUGUUCCACCAAAUUCGGUGUCUGCGGAACAGGUGGAAAAUAUAAAGAAGCGACUUGCUGCUGCUGAACUUGAGAAAAAUAAAAAAGAUCAACAAGGAAAUACUAACACUGAUGCGCGGCAUGGACGGUUACGGUCAUUGAGUGAUCUACUGUUCAGAUCAGAUGUUAGUGGGUCAUCAUCACAGGAGGGCCGGGAAGAUUCAGAUUACGAUGAUGAGAUGGAGUUAGACUUUGAUACAUCAGUAUCGGGUGACGAAAGCCGUGAUAGUGAUCCAGGUGCCGUUCGAGGUAGCUUACGUCUAAAAUUGCACCGAAGAGAGGAUCAACCUAAUGAACAGUCUGUUGGGAAUGGAUCAGCUGAGUCCACUUGUAAUGGCGAUUCUGCCUAUGAGCCGGAUGUUGCCAUUGAUAUGAAAAAAAGAUAUGUUGGGCACUGCAACGUGGGGACAGAUAUAAAGCAAGCUAGCUUUCUUGGUGAACAAGGGGAAUUUAUUGCCAGCGGAAGUGAUGAUGGUAGAUGGUUCAUAUGGGAGAAAAGAACAGGAAGGCUUGUUAAAAUGCUUGCAGGGGAUGGAGCUGUUGUGAACUGUAUACAGUCUCAUCCCUAUGAUUGUGCUGUUGCAACGAGUGGAAUUGACAAUACAAUAAAGUUAUGGACACCGGAUGCAGAAGGUACUUCUAUGGUUGAUGGACCAGAAAUUGAUGUGUUAAGUGCCAUAGAGAACAAUCAGAAGAAGUUAUGCCGCAACCGUGAAACUUUGCUGCCUUUUGAGUUUUUGGAACGAUUUGGGGCGCAUGAAUUUGCUGAAGGAAGCUUGCAUCCUUUAGAGUGUGCGCAGACUUGAUAUACUAUUGCUUGGGUUGCUGAGGAAAGGGGAGAGGGACAUUUAAUCCAAGAUACAAGCAACCAAUGUUUAGGUAAAAGUGAGAUUGCAAGGUUGUGUUGCAAUCGUAGCCAGUGUUUUGCACACCUUGCUUAGAUAAUAUUGCAGGUGUGCUGGUAUUAAGUUGUUGCUUGAGAUGUGAAUAGACAGUAAAGGCUGUUUGUUGGUGCAUUCACUUGUACAGAUUGUAGAAAAGCGAAGUCUUGUAAUAAGUAAAUCAUAAUAGAGCUGUCUGCUGUGACGUUUU